AUGCGAAUUCUGUGUGAUGCGUGUGAGAGCGCCGCCGCUAUCGUCUUCUGCGCCGCCGACGAAGCCGCCCUCUGUUGCUCCUGCGACGAAAAAGUUCAUAUGUGCAACAAGCUUGCUAGUCGGCAUGUACGUGUAGGCUUGGCUGAUCCGAGCAAUGCGCCAAGCUGCGACAUAUGCGAAAAUGCACCUGCAUUCUUCUACUGUGAGAUAGACGGUAGUUCCCUUUGUCUACAAUGUGACAUGGUUGUACAUGUUGGCGGCAAGAAAACUCACAAGCGGUUUCUAUUGCUCAGACAGAGAAUUGAGUUUCCAGGAGAUAAGCCUAAUCACGCUGAUGAUCUGGGAUUACGGUGUAAGGAGGCAAACCGUCAAAAGGUUUCCUCACGUCGCGGUCAAGAAUCAAAUGCAAAUGGUGAUCAUGAUAUGAUUGAUCUUAACUCCAACCCUGAAAGAGUACAUGAGCCUGGAUCAAAUCACCAAGAGCAAGGUAUUGAUGUAAAUAGAGCAAACGGUCACGAACAUGUAGGCCUAGUACCCGUUGGAGCGUCUAAGAAGUGA